UGACUGGCAUAGAGUCCAUGGACCAAUGUCGUCACACACUGGAGCAGCACAACUGGAACAUAGAGGCAGCUGUACAGGACCGACUGAAUGAGCAAGAGGGUGUCCCAAGUGUUUUUAAUCCUCCUCCAUCACGACCGUUGCAGGUCAAUACAGCUGACCACAGGAUCUACAGCUACGUUGUCUCAAGGCCGCAGCCAAGGGGCCUGUUAGGAUGGGGUUACUACUUCAUAAUGCUUCCAUUCCGAUUUACAUAUUACACAUUACUUGAUAUAUUUAGGUUUGCUCUGCGUUUUAUACGCCCUGAUCCUCGUAGUCGGGUCACUGACCCAGUGGGUGACAUUAUUUCGUUUAUUCAUAUGUUUGAGGAAAAAUAUGGGAGGAUACACCCUGUCUUCUACCAGGGAACUUACAGCCAGGCACUGAAUGAUGCUAAGCGGGAACUGCGCUUCCUGUUGGUUUAUCUUCAUGGAGAUGACCACCAAGACACAGAUGAAUUCUGCCGCAAUACACUGUGCGUACCUGAGGUGAUCACCCUCAUAAACACUAGAAUGCUCUUCUGGGCUUGCUCAACCAAUAAACCAGAGGGAUACAGAGUCUCCCAGGCUCUGCGAGAGAACACAUACCCGUUCCUGGCUGUGAUUAUGCUGAAGGAUCGCAGAAUGACAGUAGUUGGGCGGCUAGAAGGCCUCAUCCAGGCUGAUGACCUCAUUAAUCAACUGAUGUUCAUCAUGGAUGCCAACCAGACGUACCUGGUGUCUGAACGCCUGGAAAGGGAAGAGAGAAACCAAACCCAAGUUCUGAGGCAGCAGCAGGACGAGGCAUAUCUGGCAUCCUUGCGUGCAGACCAGGAGAAGGAGCGCAAGAAGAAGGAGGAACGAGAGAGGAAGAAGAAGAAGGAGGAGGAAGUGCAGCAGCAAAAACUAGCAGAGGAGAGACGGCGACAGACGCUGCAGGAGGAGAAGGAGCGGAAGUCUGAAUGCCUUCCUCCCGAACCGCAUCCUGAUGACCCAGAGAGUGUUAAGAUCAUUUUCAAGCUGCCUAAUGAUUCUAGAGUGGAGCGGCGAUUCCACUUCACACAGUCAUUGACGGUGAUCCAUGACUUCUUGUUCUCCUUGAAAGAAAGCCCUGAAAAGUUCCAGAUUGAGGCCAACUUCCCUCGCCGUGUCCUGCCCUGCCUCCCAACAGAGGAGUGGCCCAACCCGCCCACGCUGCAGGAGGCUGGACUCAGCCACACGGAAGUCCUCUUUGUUCAGGACCUCACGGACGAUUGACACUUUUCCAGAAGACACAAAAUGGAAAGAGAAAUUCAUAUUAUUAUUAUAAUACAAUAUUUUUUUUAAAAGACUGCAUACAAAUGAGGGAUCAGAGACCACAUCACCUGUGCCAGCUGUGCUGUGUGUGUGCACUGGUGAGAGGUGUGUGCACGUCUUUGUACACAGGUGUGCACAGCCAUCCCCUACACUUGGAGGGCAGAGAGGGAGGGGAGCUGGUGUUGCCCCUCCACCCUCCCAGGGGAGGAACAGGAAUGGCAGCUCUUGGUAAUUACUGCUUUUAUUGACGACAAUAAUAAUAAAACCCCAACAACCUGACAUCUUGUGAAGAUUUGAUACUCUGCUGCUCCUGACAGCUGGAAGACCAGGCACCUGAAUGUGCUGGGGGUGGGGGGGAAGGGCUGGACAGAAUCUUUUCAGCUUCCCUCUGUGUAUAAAUAUCUUUCUUUUAAUAUUUCUCUUGCUUUGUAAUGACCAAAGGAGAAUGGGGUUGACUGUAGUAUUAACUUUUUGAUAAAGAGCUGGUUCGAUUCUUACCCGUGUGGGGUCUUGCCCAGGGUUCUUAGCCUGCGUAGUAUAAUAAACUCUGCCUCUAGCA